AUGGAGGACAGUGACGUGUACGUGCGAGAAGAGGGCGACCGGCCCAUGGAGCACUCGCCCCGCGGCCGUUACAUCCGCUUUGACAUUCGGCUUGGCACGGGCGCCUACAAGUCGGUCUACAAGGCGUACGACACGGACCAGGGCAUUGACGUGGCGUGGAACGCCAUUGACAUUGGCCUUUUGCCGAGCACCGAGAAGACGCGGAUCAUCCAGGAGGUCCAGUUGCUGCAGAAACUCGAGCACAAGAACAUUAUCAACUUUUACGGGAGCUGGUUCUGCAAGGAGAAGAACCAGGUGGUGUUUAUUACCGAGAUCAUGACGUCAGGGACGUUAAAGUCGUACAUUAAACGCGUCCAAUUCAUCAAGUGGAAGAUUAUCAAGCGCUGGUGCAUCCAAAUCCUUGAGGGACUUCACUACUUGCACAGUCAGAAUCCGCCUGUGAUUCAUCGGGACUUGAAGUGCGACAAUAUCUUUGUAAAUGGCAACACGGGCGACCUCCGGAUUGGGGAUUUGGGACUGUCGACCCAGCUGGCAGUGGACAAGCGGUCCAAGGCACAGAGUGUGCUAGGCACACCCGAGUUCAUGGCGCCAGAGCUGUACGACGAAAGCUACGACGAAAAAGUGGACAUUUACGCGUUUGGAAUGUGCGUGCUUGAGAUGGUGACCAAGGAGGUGCCGUAUUCGGAAUGCAUUAAUCCGGCGCAGAUCUACAAAAAAGUCACUGCUGGCAUCCGUCCAAAGGGCCUGCAGCGUGUUGUGAGUCAAGCUGCGCGUGAUUUUAUUGAGUUAUGUCUGUCGCGCGGGAACGGACUGGUGGACGUCACGGCUCAGUAUCUGUUGGAUCACCCGUUUUUGAAAGCGCAAGAUGAUGAUAAUGAUAUGGUCGAGUGCCUGGAUGAAGACAAAAUCGAGCGUGGAGCAAAAGAAGCACAGCAGCGGUUGGAGAGGGUUGCUGAAGAGUCUUUCGCGGUUGAGUUCAAUAUGGAAGGUGGAUCCAGGGACGGUGGCGCUGUCGCGGUCUGCGGGCGGCGCAUACAGUGCUCGUCGCUUUCAUUCGAGCUUGACGGAACGUCGGUAGUGUCUUCCGUGAGCAGUAGUGCUUCUGCUUCCGGAAGCUUCGGAAAUGCAUCAGUGCCUUUUGCGAACAUUUCUGCUGAUGCUAAGACUGCCGGCCCGAACCGACUGAUGGAAGUGCCAAUAGUCGGAACGUCUGCGCGUGACGGGAACACUGCAACGCCUUCCCCGUCCAUCGAGAUGGCUUCACAAUCAUCGUUAGGAUCCGUGCCAGCGCUACAACCGACAGCUUUGAUGCCAGCAUCAUUGCAAGCGCAAUCACCAGCACGAAUACGAACGCCCACUCGUACACCGGAAGAAUCUCCCAAGUUGACAUACUCACUCUCUCAGUCUUUUACCAAUGAGAUGGUUAGCGCCGAUGAGCCAUUAUCGAAGGGCAAGGAGAGCGUCGACACGCAUGUAGAUCAAUUUCUUGCGACAUUGCCUGGCACGGAGAGUGCGAUCCAGAACACACGGAUAAACAUCAUGGGGGGUAGGGGCCACCGGCUUGAUUUGGAAAACGACAUCAUGCCAAUAUACGCCGAGAGCCCUGUGGAAUCGCCGUUGUCCAGUGGCAUCGAAACACCAGAGCACUUGCAAUCAUUUGCAGGAGAAUAUUCGGCAGUGUAUCUAGACGCUGUCAAGGCCGAGGAGGUCAACUCGGGUUCCGGGCUACUGAUGCCGCUUCAGUCACCCGAAGACCAGAUUCCUUCGAUACAGCUGCCGGAACGUGACCUGGAGCCUCAGUUUGGUCUAACCCGCCGCGCGAGUAUUCAUGAUCCGCUCAAUACAGCUUCAGAAGCCGUAUCCCGGCAGCCGGCAUCUUCGUCCCCACCUGAAUUGACGUCUUUACCGGCUGCAAGUGGUACGAACGCACGAAAGCGCGCAAAGCGACAUGAGAUCAAGGCUGUGAAAGACCCGGACAAUGAGCACAGUAUCCUGCUGAAUUUACGCAUCAUCAUUGACGGCAAAUCAAAGGAAAUCAAGUUUCCAUUUAAUUUGUUUGCUGAUAGCCCUCACGAAGUUGCGUGCGAAUUGGCCGUGGACGUGGGCAUAUUGGAACCGGACCUUGAAGACAUUGCUGACUCGAUUCGUUUUCUCGUUACGGAGGGCAAAAUCAACAACCUCUCGGACGUGCAAGAAGACGUAUGGGAAGAAGCGCCCGAGCCCCAUUCAUUCUCUUCGAUUCCGUUUCCGAACGUGUCAAAGAUGUCUUUCGCGCAAAUGCCACCUGAGGCGACGACGCUUCAGCAGCAACAAGCGUAUUCGACAGGUACGACGUCAUCGGAAUGUACGCCGACUGCUUCAAGUGUGCCUUCUACAGGAGUACCGGCUUCUAUGCGUCAAAGCGUGUUGGGCACCAGUGGUACCACAAGUGCUACACUAUCUGGCGUCCAAGCGUCCUCGGAGGGAGAAGUGUCUGGGUCACAAGAAUUGGUACAUGGUGCGAGUAUGAGCGAUCACCCUUCCACGUUGAUGGUGCCGGAUGGGAGCGUAUCGUCUAGAAGCAGUAGUGGGAGUCAUCCUGCGCAACUUUCUGGCAACGAACUGGGCCGAUCGCCGCCGCGGCCUGGCCUGUCGCACAGCGCUAGUGAGUCCGGGUUUACAAAUGAAGCUUUGAUUAGCAUUUUGGAGAAGCAAGCUCGUGGCGUCUCGAUGGGUUCGAUCGUCGAUCCGACGUAUGCACAGCAAAUUCACCAGCUGGAAGAUCGCUUGAAAAUUGCUCGCUCUUCGUUCGAUGAACGAGAGUCCUCGCUGGAGGCCGCAAUUCGUAAUGAAGAGGAGAAGCAUCAGCGCGAAAUUGAGCGUUUUCGAAAGAAAAUGGAGGAGUUUGACAAACAGCGUGCUGCCAUCGCUCGACAGCACAAUGGAGAAGGUGUCGUGGGUUACGACGUAAAUGGAUCGCCACCUACAUUGAACGAAAGUCUGGGGCUGCUUGCCCAAGGUGAGUCCUUGGCAAUGCCCAGUGAUCGGAGCUCUUCCGCAGUGCGGGCGGAAUAUGACGGUUAUGCGAGUGUUCCAGCUGACGAGUCUGACACGGAGACUCGUUCAUUACCUCCCGCUUCAACAUCAGUGCCUGCAUCUAUCCCAAGUGGGGCAGUACUGGAAGCGGACCCAAGCACUGAAUCCGCAGCCCUCCCAGCGUCGGUGCCAGUAGACGAGCUGAUUCCAGAAAGCUACUUUACAAUCUGCAGCUCUGGUGGCAAAACAGGAACUGAUUCAACAACUGCAACAGCAAGCCAGUUAGCGUCAGGGCAUUUGUAG